GUUACUUACGAUUCUACAGUCAACCUCUGGACAUCCACCUGCGAGGACGGAGGUGCUCGACCCCACGACAUCCGGUGCAGUGACAUGAACGGUGUUUGAAACAGAAACUCGUGUGCCCUACUUCUAGUAUCCCUAUUUUUUUUUCUCUCUCCCUCUCUCUCUCUCACCCGGUCUCUCGAGGACGGGCCUGGUCGAUUAAUGCAACGUGGAGUUCGCCGGACGGACCGAGGAAGGACACUUAAACGCGCUGAAACAAAUGUUCCUCACGAUGUCCAGGUAUCUUGAUCUGAUACUCAUUAUCACGGCGUUCACGCAAGUAUACGGUGCCAAAAAGUGCGAGGGCAACGGUCUAGGUCUGAAAUACGUAUGGGGCGACGCACUCACCGAUCCUGAUGACUGUAUAGGGCCCAAUAACAUGCAGUACCCUUCAGCCGCGAUAUCGAGGAGCUUUAAGAAUCUCUGGGCGGGCAGUAGUCGAACCGCGCGAUCGCAUCAGCCACGGACGAUUGAUCCUGAACUGACGAGGCAAGCGCUUCUGCACAACUACAAAGCGGUCCACGGGGAUUACUCCAUUGCCGCAAACUCCCGGAACGGCCGUGUGUUUUCCGCGAAGGAAAGUUGCGGCUCGCCUGCCCGGCUCUGUAAGACGAGGUACAAUACCACAGCGCCUAUGUACGGCAUCAGCCUCACCAGUGGACAACCGGUAACGAUCGUUCAGAAGUUCCCCGAUCUCCUGCAGCAAGUGGUCUUCGAAGUCUGCGAAUCGAAGGAAUGCGACGUGGUCCACGGUGAAUGCACGCAGACCUACGUACCAUACCUGUUUCUGGUGAUUCCCCUUGGUCCAGUGACCUUGACCGGGCAGGAUUACGUGCUGGUGGAGAGCGGUUGCGUCUGCAAACCGAGAAAUUCGGCGAGUGCGUCCGCCGACCCGCCGACCGUCCCGAGCUUUUAACCAGAUCGCGUAGGAUCGCAAGAGAUCCCGAGCGUCUCGGUAUCUCGGAUUUCGUCUCCUGGCCUCUCUCUCUCUUCGCGGGACGAAAGGACUCGUUGCGAAACCGCGUGCUUCCUCGGACGUCCUUCGGCAGAAACGACUCCCAACGCCAGUGUCCUCGAGGACUCCGACGCACGCUACGCAAAGAGUACUCUCCGAGAGUGCUUCUGGACUGGUACACCCGAUGAGUGAGCCGAAUCAGUCUGUCCGUUUAUCCUACUCGAGCCGUACUUACUCUCUUCCCGGUAAACACAGGCUAACAGCAAUGUCACAUCAAUGCUAUAAUUUCGCACUCAACGAUCCAACUGUUAUGUACACUUAGUUACACAGUUACAACGGUUCACACAUAUAGUGAAGUUGGGAUUUGACCAAACUGUCAAAAUUAGGUAUCAUUAUCCAUAAAUAAAUUAGGAUAAAUGUCUAAAAGAUAUCUUAGAGACGUCUGAGAGAUACCCUACUUGUUUAAAUGUCUCCAGGAUGUCUCUGAGACGUACUUUAGACGUUUAUGCUGUUUAAGUAUCGACGAAAUUGCUCAAUAAUUAUUAAUAUAAUUAUAUUAUUAUAUAAUUAGUCUCAUAGGUAAUGGCUCUCAAUUUUGAUAGUACAGUGAACUCCCAUUUUCAUUGUUUCUAAACUGUUUUGUAACCAACUAUGCAAUGCAGGUUACAUUGCACUUACAUUGUUGAGUGGGAAAUUAUAACAUUGCUGUAAGAUUGCCAUCAGUUGGUGUUUGCUAGGUUUGGGGCUAAUUUUAUAUUUAUUUAUUUUUUAUUAUUAUUUUUUUAUCACUAGUGUCUCAAUUAUUUGCCUUUACAUGCACAAAAGAUCCGCAUGAGGUACAAUACGGCUUCGUAUUCGAAGCGAAUUUUACAACUUUCACGGAGCCAGCCUGCUCCCGCUCCGAACUCCUCGAUCGUAGCAAUUUAUAUUCCCGAAAACAAAUGGCGAUACUCGAACUACCGAGCUGCGAUACAUCUGUUUUCCGUCGAAACCAGCUCUGGCAGCGUCGUAGCGCAAAUACAACUCGAGCGUCUCUCCUCCCGAGCGUUCUCUCUUCCCUGCCUACAUUUCUCUUCUUUCCUUUUCUCGUGCCAAAAGCCUCGGCGGGACAUAUUCCGCUGGCAUGAAAAAACAAAUCGGGGCAGUGAUCGCGGCCGUUUCGCGGAAUCCGGUCUCGCAAUUCGAUUGAGUUCGCUAGACUCGCCUCGAGCCGGUUUCGUGCAGGUGCAAUAGCGCCUUAGGUGAGCCUCGUGUCCACCGGCAAGAUCGUCCACGGGCUCCCUCGGGCACUAUCAUCGUCGUAAAGUUAUAUCACGUGCCUGGAAACGCGCGCGAGCGCUAUUACGUCGCAAUAAGACAAUCGCGUCCUGCGGAAUCCUGUGAACGUGGCGGAUUGUUGGCGACCUAUUCGGACGGGCGAUCGUCGCUGUAUUAACUCUUAUCUCUACGACAUAAUUACUUCAAUAUUGUUCUAUCAGCCUAUCAGCGACAGCGCUCUGACAGAUUUUUCCACGUCACUCGACGAUAUCGACGGAACCGGAAUUCGUAUCACGCGCCUCAUAGAAACGGGUGAAUGCGAAGGAACGGAGUAGCGGCGCGCGAUUUUACUCGGAAGGCAAUGUGAAUGCGAUGUUUCCCCGUCAACAUAGAAGGCAUAGAAUAACACGAGAGUCCGAGAGACGCUUGCAAGACAUCUGAAGGAUUAAGAUGUCCGAGGAAUUCCUCGUCAUCUUUUCGUCUUCAGUGUUGACCGCGGCAGUACCGGCGGUGAGUAUUCUCCGUCUGCCCCGUCAUAUCAUCAUGGUCGUCGUCGCCGCCAUCGAUACGGCAGCGGCUUCAGGCUGCUACUGACCUAGAGAAAGAGGGAGGGAGGGAGAAAGAGAGAAAUAGAGAAAGGGUCAAGAUCACCAGGACGACGGGGGCAAAGGCAGACGUGCGUUUCCUGUCCCGUUUAUGUUACACGCGAGACUCCCCUGCGAUACGCCACUGCCCUGCUUGCGCGCUCCACAGAAACCGGACCUUGUAGCGAACCUGCAUCGGAACGGACUUACAUACGUACGUAUAUACAUACGGCCCGUAGAUACGUCGAGAAUAGAGCGCACCAUGAAUUCCGAUGAGCGUGAUGUACCGUUAGCCGCUUUGCGGGAUUCCCCUCGCGUCCACGGACUCGCUGCUUCUCAUCUGCUCGUCAUCUCACGGUGGCGAGAUGCGUCUCGCCGCCGCGGCAGCCGAAAGUCGACGCGGACGAACGCUCGGGAUUGCGUUCUGUACGAAUAUGAUUCUGUACUACGAGAUCGCCAGAUCGAACGAAGAAGAGGGAUCCGUCGCAUUUCCACACAGCAUUCCGCAUAGACAGGUGGAGCACCGCAGAGUGACGUAACGAGACGUAUCUUGAUGGAAAAAGAAUCCGACCUUCGUUUCUUCGCUUCCCCCGCAACGACAGCUGUAUUAAUAGUUAUUAGGCAAAUUAGUCUCACUAAUAAGAUACUCAGAUUUUAAUUCAGGGUUAAAUGAGAGUUUUUCACUUGAAUUGCGAUUAUAGAUACAAGGCCGAUAUUCAUAGUCUCCGUUGCUAAUAAAACGAUCCGAAUAGCAUCUAAAAGUGAACUUAAGACGACCUUAAAUAUUAAUUUGACUAUGAAUAUCGUCCUAAAUGUCUCACAUAUAUUGGGAACCGAUUUUAAAAUAACUAUUUUCAAUUCAAUACUGCUAUAAUGUAUGCAUAUACUUAUUUCUAAUAGCAUAGAUAAAUAUUGAGAGAGACAUGAUAUCUUCAAUGACAAAAAUGUCCAAAAUUUAAUUGCAACUUGAAUAUUAACAAAAAAGCAAAAAGUGAGAAAAUCAAGAAAUCAAAAAGAAAUCAUUGGCAAUAUGGAUCUUACAGAGAAACUUCAAGAAUCAUUAACAAAUUCAUACAAUAAAUAAAUCAAUAAAGAGUAAAACUAUGUUUAUUCUUGAAAAAAAUUGUUUGUAAUUAUUAGACAAAUUAUUUCAUACAUUAAAAAACUACAAUUGUUUAUUACAAUAUAUCAUGCAUAUCCCUUAUACGGCAAAAAAACAUAAUAAACAGUAAAAUAGUAACUAAACAUAAUAGACAACAGAAAAGAAUAGUAAAAAAUUUAUCCUAUUUUUUCCACGUAUUACUUUGGAUGUUGAUUAAAUUUACUUUUGUAAUAAUCCAUACCUAGACAGCACAAAAUAUUCUGUGAAUACACGUACAAUACUCUUGCAGAAGAGAGAGAGAGAGAGAAAGAGAGAGAGAGAGAGAGAUUCAUCAAUUUAUAAUAGAAAAAUACGCUCUUAAAUCAUUCGUAAAGUUUAUUUAUUGCAUAUGUACAAUGCAUCUAAGUAACUGAACAAUUUUCCAAAUGUUCCAAAUAGCAAUAUGUAUUUAUUUAACUUAGUAAUGUAACGUAUCUACGUAAUAAAAUAUUUAAAUUAUUUUUUUAUAAUUUUAAAAUUAAAAUUAAUAAUUUACUUAAUUAACCUUCUGUAAAUACUCUAUGUAGAUUCACAGAACAUUUACAAUUGAAUUAUUCGAACAUACUAUGAACAUAUAACGGUAUUUUUAAUACACAGAAUAUUUUUAAUUCACAGAAUAUUCUUUUGUUAGCUUUUCCUGGGUAUUAUUGCAUGUCUUGGGAAACUAAAACUUUUCGUAUCAUUAAGAAGGUUAGGAAUAACAACUGAAUGACAUUGCAUUAUCAAUACAAAUAUAUUGAGAAUGUACAUUGAAUAUAAAAAUUAAUGAAUUUAUCUUAAGCACAUUAGAACAAUGCGAUUGUCACAAUAUGUAAUUUUCAGACGGAAUAAAAGCAGAAAAUCGUUUAUAUGUACACAUACGUUUUCCGCCUGCCGUUCAUUAUUACGUUUCAUCAGUUUUAUAAUAAAUAAAGUAAUUUCCAGCAGAUGCCGUUAGAGUGCAAUAAUGUAUUUAAUUAAAAACUUGGAUUUAAUUCUGAAUGAAAAUCUGAGCAUUUCACGUGAGACAAAUUUCAGAUAAUAAUUAUUAAUAUAUGCUUAAACGUUGGACGAUCGCCUGGAUUCUCGUUUCGAAAGAGAGGAAAGGCGAUUUCAAGCAUAUAAACGUUAGGCGUUAAAUGGAUACUUCCGCAUUUGUAUUUAUAGUUGUAACAUGCAUUCAGGCGUAUUUAUAAUUUAUUAUUAGAUUAUAAAACAUUGUGUAUAAGA